CUGGAUUUUUAAAUGUGAAGGGACUGCUGUGCUGACCCCGUUGUCGGAGCUGGUAACACCAGUCGUUCAAGACACCGGGAGGUAUUUGAAAAUUCAACAAUGGACUUAUUACAGGAACUAUAACAACAGUUUUCCGUCCAGGCAACUAGGCUGAAAACUUCUGUCAUUGAUUUGGAUAGCUUUAGAGUGCAGACGACGUUCUGAGUCUAUUGUGCAGUUGUCGCUAACGUUGGAUUUCGCUAAGGCGGUGGAGUCAUCGGCAAUGUAUUGGAGCCACUGCCCACAGCUAACAUUAGCGUUAGUAACUGUUAGUUAGCAGCAAAACAGGACAGUGCUCAAAUAACAUUACCUCUUAAUAAGUCUUUAUUCUGUUUAAAUAUGUUUAUACGUUCAGAACAGUAGCUUUAAUGGUAAACGAAACGUUAUUUUCAAUGCCUACCCAGUGGGAGAACAUCUGGGUUGCAGUGAGGAAUAUGCAGUUACAUUACCUUUACCUAGCCAACAAGUUAUUUAGCGAACCAUCUAACUAGGGAAGUUGUGGUUAUUGUACAGUGUUGUCAAUGUGACCAUAUACUGAUUACUUUAGGUAUCCAGUUCAAUUCAAAGAAUCUUUCGUCGGGAGUUUAACACGUGUGCAGCCUGGAUAGAAUUUUGGAUUCUAGCGUAAGGGCUAAACAAAGAAGAUGAGACAUGCAUUUAUUGAAACAAUUAUGAAUUUGGACAGUUAUUAAGUUUAAAAAAAAAUUGAAACAGUGCUCUACAUCUUCACAAGUGCAAAGAAGGUGUUUUCAAUUGAACGAAUAUUUCUCGAUUACUGACACCGGUGCAACACUACACUACGUUACAGCACAGCCAACAGAGGGUUUAUUUUCCCUUCAUUUUCUCACGGAAACGUCGUGGACUUUCUGGACAUGGACUCACUAUCAGUACCUGGGAUUUACCGUGGAGGUAUAUGUAUGGAGACUGAUUCGACCGCUGGCGACGUGGACAGUAUUCAGGGGGGAAUGGUGUCUUUGGACCCUGUGCUUGACGGCAUUUUGAUGGAUUCAUUUUGCCAGCAACAAGGCUGGAUGCGCGUAUACGACGUGAAGGGCCCACCCACGCACCGGUUCUCCUGCGGCCAGUCGCCCUUCUCCGAGCCCAGCGUCUGGGAGAGGAAGUACUGCAUCCUGACAGACAGCCAGCUUAUCCUGCUCAACAGGGAGGAAGAGAUGCCGGUGGACAUGCAUGAGAGCCCCACUGCCUCCUCGUCCAAGGGCAGGAGUCUGCGGCGCACAGUCAGCGUACCCUCCGAGGGACAGUUCCCAGAGUACCCAGCAGAGGGCGCCUCCAUGCUAGAGGUGUCAGCGGAGCGUUCGCCCCGGCGCAGGAGUAUCUCCGGCCUCGGCAGCUCUGAGAAGAACAUCUCCAUGGACGGACCCAACUCCUCCCCCUUCAAAGUGCCCGGCUUCUUCAGCAAGCGCCUCAAAGGAUCCAUCAAGCGGACCAAGAGCCAGACCAAACUGGACCGAAAUACCAGCUUCAGACUCCCCUCCCUGCGGUCCACAGACAACGACAGGUCACGGGGCCUGCCCAAACUGAAAGAAUCCAGCUCCCAUGAGUCUCUGUUGAGUCCAGGAAGUGCAGUGGAAGCCUUGGACCUUAGCAUGGAAGAAGACGUGUACAUCAAACCCCUGCACAGCAGCAUUCUUGGACAGGAGUUCUGUUUUGAGGUGACCUACUCAGGUGGGAGCAAGUGCUUCAGCUGUUCCUCAGCCUCAGAGAGGGACAAGUGGAUGGAGAACUUGAAGAGAACAGUGCAGCCUAACAAGGACAACUGUCGGCGAGCAGAGAACGUCCUCCGACUGUGGAUCAUCGAGGCCAAGGACCUGCCACCCAAGAAGAAGUACUUCUGCGAGCUGUGUCUGGACGACGUGCUGUACGCCCGCACCACCAGCAAGACCCGCGCCGACUGCCUCUUCUGGGGCGAGCACUUCGAGUUCUCCGGCCUGCCCUCCGUCAAGAGCAUCACUGUGCACAUCUACCGCGACGUGGACAAGAAGAAGAAGAAGGACAAGAACAACUACGUGGGGCUGGUCAACAUCCCCGUGCUGAGCGUGAUGGGCAGGCAGUUUGUGGAGAAGUGGUACCCGGUCAGCACGCCCACCACCAGCAAGUCCAAAGGCGGAGGCCCGUCCAUCCGCAUCAAGUCCCGCUUCCAGACCAUCACCAUUCUGCCCAUGGAGCAGUACAAAGAGUUUGCCGAGUUUGUGACCAACAACUACACCAUGCUCUGCUCGGUCCUGGAGCCAGUCAUCAGCGUCAAGAACAAAGAGGAGAUGGCCAGCGCACUGGUGCACAUACUACAGAGUACAGGGAAAGCAAAGGACUUCCUCUCAGAUCUGGUGAUGUCUGAGGUGGACCGAUGUGCGGACCAUGAUGUUCUGAUAUUCAGGGAAAACACGCUGGCUACCAAAGCCAUUGAGGAGUACCUCAAACUCGUGGGCCAGAAAUACCUGCAUGACGCACUCGGGGAGUUCAUAAAGGCGCUGUACGAGUCGGACGAGAACUGUGAGGUGGACCCUGGGAAGUGCACCAGCAAUGAGCUACCAGAGCACCAGAGCAACCUGAAGAUGUGCUGUGAGCUGGCCUUCUGCAAGAUCAUCAACUCCUACUGUGUGUUCCCGCGCGAGCUGAAGGAGGUGUUUGCCUCGUGGAAGCAGCACUGCCUGACGCGGGGCAAGCAGGACAUCAGCCAACGGCUCAUCAGCGCCUCACUCUUCCUGCGCUUCCUGUGUCCGGCCAUCAUGUCGCCCUCGCUCUUCAGCCUCAUGCAGGAGUACCCCGACGACCGCACGUCACGCACACUCACCCUCAUCGCCAAAGUCAUCCAGAACCUCGCCAACUUCGCCAAAUUCGGAAAUAAGGAGGAGUACAUGGCCUUCAUGAACGACUUCCUGGAACAUGAAUGGGCAGGCAUGACCCGGUUCUUGCUGGAGAUCUCCAACUCUGAGACCAUCUCCAACACGCCAGGCUUCGAGGGCUACAUCGACCUGGGCCGAGAGCUGUCCGUGCUGCACUCCCUGCUCUGGGAAGUGGUGUCCCAGCUGGACAAGGGUGAAAAUUCCUUCCUGCAGGCGACGGUGGCCAAACUGGGCCCCCUGCCCCGUAUCCUUGGCGACAUUGCCCGCUCGCUGUCCAGCCCCACUCCCCUCCAGCAGCAGCUGCGCCGCUUUCAGGACCACAGCUCCGCCCACAACAUUAGCGGCAGCGUCUCGUCCGGACUGCAGAGGAUAUUCGAGGACCCGGCAGACAGCGAGGUGCGGAGCAUCAAGUCGCCCGUGCAGGAGCACAUGGAAGCAGCGAGUCGGGGGAAGCACCCUCUGCUGGGCCAGCAGUCCUCCACCCACAGCAUGAGCUUCUCCGACAAGGAGGAGCGCGAGCCACACCUGCCCAACGGACGCAGCAUCUCGCUCAUGGACCUGCAGGACUCCUACCUGCUGCAGAGCGCCCAGGCCGCCCUCCCUGUCCACGAGGCACCGCCCAGACUGGGCCGCGUGGGCUCCCAGGCCUCCAUCGGCCCUCCGCCACCUCCCCACCACCUCCUCCACCACCCGCACCACCACCCGCACCAGCCGCACCAGCCCUACCACAACCAGGCUCCUCCGCCACCGCCACCGCACGCCCACCAGGCCAAGGCGCAGGUGCCGCGGGAUAACCUGCCCCAGAGCGCCCCGCAGGUGCGGCGGCCCAUCCACCCGUCGCUGAGCCAGCAGCGCAGCCUGCAGCCGCUCUCCUUCCAGAACCCCGUCUACCACCUGAGCAACCUGCACGCGGCCGCUGCCGCCGCCGCCCACCACCACCACCACCACCACCACCACUCGGGCCACUCCACCACGCACUCCACCCGCUCCACGCGCUCGGCCCAGUCGCUGCAGCCGGACUCGAGCUCGGAGAACCUGAGCACGGGCAGCUCGCGCAGCGCCAGCCCUGGUCCUGGGGCCCACCGAGGGGGCCUGGACGCACCCGGCGGCGCCCACCGCGUGCCCUCCAUCAGCAGCCUGGAGGACGAGCUGCGCCGCUGCAGCAGCGGCAGCGUCCACCACGCCGACGGAGAGUGCGCCCCGGUGGGCACCGCCCGCUGGCACCCGCCGCUGGCCGACUCGCUGGCCGGCGCCCAAGCCGUGGCCGUGCCCAGGCAGGGCAGCAGUGCGGGCACGGCCCACAUCGUCAAGGUGGAGCAGCAGUGCCGGACGGUGGCGGCCCAGGCCCAGGUGGGCGCUGGAGGGAAUGGCGGUGUACGCACGCCACGCUCUCUGCCCCACAGCGCCUCCCUGCGCAGCAGCAGCAGUGCCAACACAGAGCCUGUGCCCCAGAGCGGAGGGGGCAACCGCUCCAGACAGCAGUCCACCUGCUCCAGGGAGAGUCCCGUGCCGCCCGUCAGAGGAGCCAGCAGGCAGCAGGUGCAGUCACCAGUAGAUCCGGUGACCAUGUCCCCUGUGGAGAGGACGGCAGCGUGGGUGCUGAACAACGGCCAGUAUGAGGACGAGCAGGAGGAGGGCCAGACCAAAGAGGACGGCAAGCAUAUCGAGAAGUACGAACAGGAGAUCUCCAAGCUGAAGGAGCGUCUGCGCGUGUCCAGUCGGCGCCUGGAGGAGUACGAGCGGCGUCUGCUGGCCCAGGAGCAGCAGAUGCAGAAGCUGCUGCUGGAGUACAAGUCCCGGCUGGAGGACAGCGAGGAGCGCCUGCGCAGACAGCAGGAGGAGAAGGACAGCCAGAUGAAGAGCAUCAUCUGCAGGUUGAUGGCUGUGGAAGAGGAGCUUAAGAGAGAUCAUGCAGAGAUGCAGGCUGUCAUUGAUGCAAAGCAGAAGAUUAUCGACGCACAGGAAAAGAGGAUCAGCUCCCUGGAUGCAGCUAACUCACGGCUGAUGAGUGCCCUCACCCAGGUGAAGGAGCGCUACAGCAUGCACAACCUGCGCAACGGCCUCUCGCCCACCAAUCCCACCAAGCUCUCCAUCACGGAGAACGGAGAGUUCAAGAACAGCAGCUGCUGAUUGGACAGGGUGGACUGUCCCUAUAGCACAGCUGAUUGGCGCGCUCUGGCAGAUUGGCUGUGCUAAUUGAUCAUGAUCACAGACAGGAAAUGAAACUGAACUUAAAACUAAAGCUUCUGACUACUAUAAACACACAUCUACGUGGAAUGUCCAGUCAUUCAUGUAAAUAACUUGUAUUAGUGUUGUACAGAGAUAAUACUGGAAAGGGCAAGUUGUUUUGGAUGUGUGUUGUGGGGGAUAAAUUAGCAUUCUGAAUUUAGUGAAUUUGUGUUUUAUAAAUACUUUCCCAUAUCCCCAUAUGCAGAAUGCAGUUUAAAUGAGAAUUUAAAGUAUUGUCUAAUUAAAAUAUUAUAUAUUAAGCCAAUGUACAUAUAGAGGGAUUGUUUUAAAAAUAGGAGAAUCACAGAGAAUUGCUGUAGCUAUGAAGUGUUAUUGACCUAUAACAGAAGGGGAAAGGAAUAAAACAUAUGCGAAAUAUUGAUGCACUCUGUUUUUUUAACCCGGUUUUCUAUGUUUUUUAAGUGUUUUAUUUUUGUCUUUACAAUGGGCCAUGUUAUUUUAUUGCUGUUAUGGCUUUAUUUUAACUGAGUGGUCCUGAAGGACCAUUACUCCGGUUUUGCCAAUGGAAUGGAUUUUCAAAGUUUGAUUUGGCUAGUUAUAGAACAAACCUGUUUACUACUUAAAUAUCAUCUUCUCAGUGCAUAUUCUGAUAUCUAUUUGUAGUUCAGAUUUUCACAAUGUAUGUGGGUUUGCUGGCAAUAGCCAACAGUUUCUCGCAGACAGACAGACAGAAACAUAUACACACACACACACACACACACAAAUACUCAUACACUCACUCAUCAGUGAAGUCAUUUACCUACUUCAUUAUUUAUUUGUCCUCAGUACUGUUAAGCCAUGGAGAACAUGUGUGAAGAUCACUGCCCCUCUGAUUAUGUUAACAUUAAUGUCAGAGACUACUGUUGUAAUGGCACUGUUACUUUUUUGUUGUUUUCACUGUCUUGAUAUGAAGUCCAACCCCACUGAACACAAUUUUAUAUUUAGUACAGAGACCUACACAUGACUGUCACAAAGACAACUACAGAUGGUCCAAACAUUGCAUAUUUGUAAGAAGUUUGAAAGUUAUUGGGAAAUAAAGAUGGACAUUGGUCUCAUGAA